UCAGCUACGAGGUGAAACUACAAUUGCUAACUGCCAAAAACUAACCGAUAAUGUAGCAAAUUAGCAGCUCAGAUACCCAUAUUCCAAAUUCUUUCUUCCUGAAAAUCAUCUCAUCCAAUCAUCCAUAAUCAAACAAAAUGAAAAUGCUAACCCAAAUACUAUAAACACGCCUUAAUUCUCUCUUAAACCCCAUCACUACAGCCUUGUGUUCUGGAUAAAACUUGGAUUUAAUGGUGUAAAAAUAUAAUUUGACCAACUCCAACCGAUAGUAUUAGAAGUUAAACUAAUGUGGAUAAUAUUAUGGAUAAAGUUGAAAGUUUUAAUCUGAGUCAAUGACCCUACUUAUCUCCUUUUCCCUUUCACUUUUUACCUUUAAUAAUUCAUUCCGCCACUUAUUUUGUUCAAUCCUUCUUAUGCUCUUUUGAAGCUUUAGAAAGAAUAGAAAACCACAAUUUCAUUUGGUCCUUUAUAGUUCCAAAACGAUACAAACUUUUGGCUCAUAUCUUGCCACUUUCUAUCGAAAAAUUAGUUGAAUUUCUUCUUUCAUUUAUGUUUGGAAAAUUCGUUCUUGAUCCAAAAGUGAAGGUAGGAUUUGGUGGGAAUUUGUUGUUACAUGCUUUAAGCUUGACAAGUCCACGUAUUAGCUAAAAUGACAGCUUCUUUGAAUACUAGUUUUUCUAUUUAUGGGUCAUGUGAGGCAAUCUUGAAGUCCAAAUCACAAGGGUCUUCUAGCCUUUGCUCUUCUGUUGGCACUCUGCACCUUCCCGAUUUAUCAGCCAAAGAGUUUUUGGGAAAAUCAUUGGAUGUUACGAAUCAGACAAGUUCGAGACAUUGGAAUCUUAAAUCUUCAAAACCUGUCUUGGUCAAUGCACAAGCAUCAAUAUGUUUUAGCAGGGCAAUGAGAUGGUGGGAAAAGACCCUUAAACCCAACAUGGUAGAAAUCCAUUCAGCAAAAGAACUUGCGGAUUCACUAUCAAAUGCUCGUAACGGAUUAGUGAUAAUUGACUUUUACUCCCCUGGAUGUGGAGGUUGCAAGGCUUUACAUCCUAAGAUCUGUCAGCUAGCUGAAUCAAACUCUGAUGCCAUUUUUCUCAAAGUGAACUAUGAAGAACUAAAAACCAUGUGUCAUGCUCUCCACAUACAUGUCUUACCCUUUUUCAGAUUCUACAGGGGUGCACAAGGCAAAGUUUGUAGCUUCAGCUGUACUAAUGCAACAAUCAAGAAAUUCAAAGAUGUAUUAACAAGGCAUGGGAGUGAACGGUGUUGUCUUGGUCCAGCUAAAGGGCUUGAUGAAUCUGAGCUUUUGGCUUUAGCCUCAAUUGGCCAAUUGUCAAAAAGUUCAUCUUUAGAUUCAAAACAGAGAUUUGAAGAAUUUGUUUUAACAGGAGUAGAUAUAUCUAGCAAAGGCACAGAGUUGUUGAUGGUCUAGAAUAUAGAUUUUUCUGAUAGAAGGUUACUUGAUUCUGAUGGUAUUUUUACUAGAAGCAAUUUUGCUUAAAAAUGUACAUAGUAUUAGUAGGUUUUCCAACGCAGGGUUUUGAGUGUUUUUAGGGAUAAGCAUGGAAUGAUCAAUUUCUCAUUGAUCCAACACCAACAUGAUGAUUUUGUUAAGCAGGGUAAUAGAGUAAUGACUAAUGAAUCCUCUAACACUGUUACAUCA